AUGACCACAACUGCAGAGCGAAGGUUCAUUAAUCUCAGGAAACGUCUAGAUCAGCUGGGCUAUCGGCAACCGUUGGGAGUGGAGAGUUUACCUUUGGUGGAAAAGCUUUUUAGUGACCUAGUUCAUACAACUGAGAGCUUGCGCAGUGCAAAGUUAUCUGCUGGAAAAACUGAAAAAGAAUGCAGCAAUUAUGAUGCUAUUUUGGAACCUUAUAAAACAGAGAAUGCUAAACUUACAAGGGAAAAUAAUGAACUACAUUUAGAAAUACUAAAACUGAAAGAGCAAUCUGAUCGUCAUGUUAAAGAUUUGAAAGCCUCCUUAAGGAGGGUUGAACAUGAAACGGCUGACUUGAAAUUUCUGAAUAACCAAUACGUACAUAAAAUUAAAAUGCUAGAAAAAGAGAACAAAGCCAAGACUGAAAAAAUUCAGCAGCUUCAGGAGAAGAAUCUGCAAGCAGUGGUGCAAACGCCUGGUGGCAGAAAAAGAAGCAUUCCCUUCAGGCGUCAACGCAUGCAGAUAGACCAGCCUGUCCCUCCAUCAGGUGUUAGUGCCUAUCCAGUUCCUCAGCCAGAGGACCCUUAUAUCGCAGACCUUCUUCAGGUGGCUGAUAAUCGAAUUCAUGAACUUCAGUCAGAAGUAACAGAGCUACAGGAAAAGCUGGAGAUAUCUGAACGUGGAAUGAAAAAUUACAGCAAACAGGUUGAGCUAAGAGACAAAGAAAUAGAACGCCUAGUGCUAGCAUUGGAUGGUGGGCGUUCUCAUGAGGUUAUCUCUUUGGAAUCGAGAAGUAAAAGUAAUGAGAAGCUUAUCGCCCAUUUGAAUUUGCAGGUUGAGUAUCUUCAACAAACAAACAAAGAACUUGAAAAUCGCAUUCAAGAUCUCUUGGACACUAAACAAAAUGUGACUAGUGAGGUAGUGCAUUUAAGCAAUAAAAAUGAAGAACUGUGUCAAGAACUGAAUGAAAUAGACCACUUGGCACAGCAGUUGGAAAGACACAAGGAAAUUGUGCUCGAGACUGCAGAUAAGGAAAUAGGAGAAGCAAAGAAAGAAAUUGAAAGAAAACACAGUGAAAUACAGGAUCUUGAAGAAACAAUAACAAGGCUUAAAUCAGAGUUGUGCUCAUGUCGUAGGGAGAACAAGAGACUGAGUGAAGAACUCUUUGGAAAAGCAGAUGAUAAAGAGAAUCUUGAACUGUUGUUAAACCAGCUUGAACAAGAGAAACAAAGGCUGACAGAAAAAACAGACAACUUGGAAAUAAAAGAACGAGAACUUGUCCUAGAAAUAGAAAGAAUGAGAUUAGAAUAUGGUAUAGCCCUAGGAGACAAAUCUCCAUCUCGUCUAGAUGCAUUUGUAAAGACUUUAGAAGAUGACAGAGAUUAUUAUAAGCGAGAAUUAGAAUAUCUUCAGAAAAUGUUAAAACGAAGGCCUAGCCCAAGCCGUAGGACUCCAGAGAAGGUAAAUGAAGAUCUUAGAUUGAUCACCAGAGAAAGAGAUGAGCUACGGUCCAUGUUAGACAGAUUUGAAAAACACAUGAUAGAAAUUCAAUCCAAUGUCAAAUUAUUGACUGCAGAAAGAGAUAGAUUAAAUGUUCUUUAUGAGCAGUCUCAGGGUGAAUUGAACAGGAUGAGAAGAGAAGCAAAACACAGUUUAGUUUCUCAAAGUCACGUGGAAGAAGAAAGAGACAUUGCACUGACUGACUUUAGAAGACUAAUGGCAGAAAAAGAAAGCCUCAGAGAAAAAUUAAAGGUGAGCUUUUAUAGCUUCAUUGCUUCCAGUGAGCUUUCUACAACAAUAACAUGUUUGGUUAUUUUUUUUAAAUUGCAGUUUGAGAUGGAAAGGUGUGAACUAAAGACUACAGUCUCUAUCCUGAAAGAAAGAAUAAACUCUUUGGAAAAUGAAUUAAAAUUGAAGUCCAGUAAACUUGCCCAGACAUCUGAUGAUUCUUCUCAAUUUAAAGCUGAGAUUUGCUCACUUCAGCUCUUAAAUGACCAACUCCAGAGGUCUGUUGAAGAUUUACAGCACCGAUUGUCCCUCAAAAAGGAUGAACUGCAGUCAGCUCAAGAAGAAAUUGUAAAGCUAGAGGAGAAAAUAGAUAGGUUAAACCAGAGGAGCACUUCACAGGAUGAAGCAGUCAGUGUGCUUAGAAGUACUAUUACUGUUCUGGACAAAGAAAAGGACAGUCUUCAAGAAACUGUAGAUGAAAAAACAGAAAGAAUUGCAUGCUUAGAUGACAACUUGGCUAACAAGGAAAAAACAAUUACGCAUUUACGUCUAACUCUUUCUGAGCUGGAGUCCUCUACAGACCAGAUGAAGGACAUGCUGAGCAACAGAGACCGUGAGAUAUCUAGCUUGCAUCGCCAGCUUGAUACGUCCCAUGUAGAACUUGCAGAAACAGGAAGAAUAAAGGAAAUGGCUCUGAAAGAAAACAGGCGAUUGCAAGAUGACCUAGCUACAAUGGCCAGAGAAAACCAGGCUAUCAGUACUGAGCUCGAAGAUGCAAUACGUGAAAAAGAAGAAAUGAAAACCAGGGUACAUAAUUAUAUAACUGAAGUUUCCAGAUUUGAGACCUUGAUGGCUUCGAAGGAAAAAGAAAACCAAGAAUUGUUAGAGAAGUUCCGAAUGCUCCAUACGCAAGCUGAAGACUGGGAAAUGAAGGCUCAUCAAGCUGAAGGAGAAAGCAGCUCAAUACGACUUGAACUCCUUUCUGUAGAUACAGAUCGGAGACAUCUGCGAGAGAGAGUAGAACUUCUGGAAAAAGAGAUUCAAGGGCAUAUCGUUGCACAUCAAGCAUAUGAAUCUCAGAUCUCCUCCAUUACAAAAAAUAUGUCCAAAUUGGAAGAGGAUAUUAAACGUGAAAAUCAGGAGAAGUCUUCUGUGUUGGCGGACCUGGCUUCUGUGAGGGAACUCUGUGUGAAACUUGAGUCUAACAAAGAACUUUUAUCUCGACAGCUGACAUCCAAAAGCAUGGAUUAUGAAAGGGUUCUAGGUGAAUUAGAAGAUAUAAAAUCAGAAGCAGAGUUGCUGAAAAAGCAGUUAUCCAGUGAGAGACUUACUGUUCAGAAUCUUGAAACAUUGCUGGCUACUAGUAGAGACAAAGAAUUUCAGAACCAUUUAACAUCCCAUGAGAAAGAUUCAGAAAUUCAAUUAUUGAAAGACAAGCUAACACUCGCCGAGAGCAAACUAAGCAGCUGUAAUAGAGAGGUUCCCAUACUUCGAAGUAAAGUUGCACAGCUGCAGACCGACUGUGAUGUUUUAAAAAGGCAACUGACAACUGAACGAUUUGAACGAGAGCGUGCAAUUCAGGAAAUGCGCCGACAUGGUCUCUCUACGUCAUCUUUACGUGCUUCACCUCCUCUCAGUUCAACAUUAAGGUCUCCCUCACAUUCUCCAGAACGUACUAUUGUAAGGACAACUGAUCAAGCAGCAGCUGAAAAAAACGUGAGCUUCAAGGAAUAA